GGAAAUUGAUAGAGUAUAAAUUGGUUUUGAUGGAAGAAAAAAUUUGGGAGUUUCAUUUUCAUUUGAUAGAUGUAUUUCUCCCCUUUCCUCAAUGCUUCCUAAAGUUGAAUGAUUCGUAAGUGAAGAGUUAGCACACCCAGGACGCUACUGUUGUUUUGGCUUGAACUAUAUAGUAAAGAGGCAUACUAAUGUCUUCAAGAUCGUUGAGGAGAAGACUCCAUCAUGGGGAUGUCGAUGGCAAAAGGAAGGAGCAUUUUGAUUCUUCGGGAUUAGACUCUUUGAGUGAGCCCUUGCUGGCAGAUGAUGAUUAUACUGAGAAUAAGAAGAUAUGUACUCUAGAAGAUCUAUGGGAUGACGAGAGGAAGAGGGCGCAGUUUCAUUGGACAUUCAUAUUCUCAAACAUCAUUGCGCAAUGGGCUCAGUGGUUAGCAAAUGUUGUACUAGGAUCUGGAUCUAUUAUUGGACGUCUUUUGUCUUUCCCUUAUUCUGCCUUAAAUUUGCCAAACAAUAGGAUUCUUCCUCCAUCACUAAGCCCUCUGCAGGAAGAAAGAGUGCGACUCCUACGCCAACGGCUUGAAGUUCCUUUUGAUGGUUCUAAGGCUGAGCACCAAGAUGCACUUAAACAACUGUGGAAAUUAGCUUACCCUAACAGGGAGCUUCCUUCACUUAAAUCAGAACUUUGGAAGGAAAUGGGAUGGCAAGGUUCAGAUCCUUCUACGGAUUUUAGGGGCGGAGGAUUUAUUUCAUUAGAGAAUCUCAUCUUCUUCGCAAAGACAUAUCCAGAUUCAUUCCAGCGAUUAUUGAAUAAACAAGAUGGAAUCAGAGCAGACUGGGAAUAUCCGUUUGCAGUAGCAGGAAUCAACAUUUCUUUUAUGUUGGCUAAAAUGCUGGAUCUUCAAGCAGGGAAUCCAUCUUCUUUGUCCGGAAUCUGUUUUCUCAAAUUGCUUGAAGAGGAUGAAAUGGCAUUUGAUAACCUUUUUUGUGUUGCUUUUCAAAUGAUGGAUGCUCAGUGGCUAGCGAAGCGGGCAACAUAUAUGGAAUUUAAUGAUGUUUUGAAGUGCACCAGAGCGCAAUUAGAGCGCGAGCUUACUUUGGAAGACAUCUCCAGCGUUAAAGAUUUACCUGCUUACAGCAUGUUGAGAUGAUUGAUAAUUGUGAUUUAGUUCCAACAUUUCUCUGUUUUUCUUUUAAGAUGAAAUGUGUCUAAAGCAUUUCCCACUUUAUCUGUAUACAGAAACGUAAAAAUGAAGCAUUGCAAAUUUCAGAUAAAUAUUUUUUUAUCGAUUUC